AUGUGCCCUACGUCCCUGGGCUCCGCCAGGUUGGACCCCGGCUUUGGAAGAAGCACGAUGCCCGCUUUGAGAGCACGUGGUUUGGGGAUCAUAUGUGGUAUAGUUAUCAUGGACCCAGUUGGAGUGACAAGGAUCCGCAGUUUUGUGAGAGGGGGGAGUGGACGGCUGGACCGUUGCGGUGUGAUGAGGAGGGGAGUUUGGGGUGGAGGACGUAUGAUACGGAUUGUGUGUUCAAGUGUAUCUGGUAGGGGUGGGGGGAUGGAGCGCUGUUGCUGA